CUGCUCCAAACAAAACAAGAAAAACCCCUUUCUUCCCCUCACCUUCUUCACAACACAUCCAAAAAACAUCAUAAAAAAUCACACUCUCCAUCUUCAACCCAAAAUUCAUCAAUGGAUUCAUCCCCAUUUAAUCUCCUCCCACAAGACACUCUUCACCAAAUCUUCUCCCAUUUAACACUCCGUGAAAUCAACGUUUCCAAAUGUGUUUGCAAAUGUCUCAACACAACUCUUUCUUCACCAUCCUUCCUCCACGUCAUCUCCACCACCCAACCACCCUUCUCCCUCCUCGCCUUACGCCCCUCACACCGGUCCCACCACCACAACUCCACGUCAUCAUCAUCAUCAUCAUCAACACACAAUAAUGCACUCCAUGUGUUCGACACAAUGCUUAACUACUGGUUUCGUUUCCCACUUUCAUUUUUACCUUUCAGAUCUCAUUUUCCCAUCACUUCAUCACAUGGGUUACUCUAUUUAUGGGCUGAAGGACCCAUUAAUGUGGGAACCAGUAUGAAUAACAAAACCCUAAUUGUUUGUAACCCUUUAACUCGUCAAUUUAAGUUACUUCCUCAAUUGGGUUCAGCUUGGUGUAAACAUGGGUCUGUUCUUGUUGGAUCACCUAAUCAGGUUCUUGUUUUGACUGAGUUAGCUGCUAUUUACUUUUCUGGGUCGAGUACAUCGAAUAAUUGGCUUAAGUUUUCGUCGAAUUUACCCUCGAAACCAAGGAGUCCAAUCUUGAUUUGUGACACAAUUUUGGCUCUUUGUGAUGUUGGGUCACCUUGGAGGUCACAAUGGAAGUUGUUUAGAUCAACUGUUAAGGAUUUGCAGUUUAGUCAACAAUGGGUUAGGUUAGAAAAACAUGAAUGGGGUGAUAUUUUCGAUAUAUUGAAACGACCAAGAUUGCUUGGUGGUAAGAAUGAUAAGGUUUUGAUGAUUGGUGGGUUGAAAUCGUCGUAUUCGUUGCAUAGCUCGUGCUCGACGAUUUUGAUACUUAGAUUGGAUUUGGAGUCAUUGGAAUGGGAAGAAGCGGGGAGAAUGCCGCCUGAGAUGUUUAGGUAUUUUCAGGAUUCGAGUAAGUUUAAGGUGUUUGGUGGUGGGAGUAGAGUUUGUUUUUCGGGUAAGAGGGUUGGAAGAUUGGCACUUUGGGAGGAAAAUGAGUGUGGGAAAGGGGAAUGGCGGUGGAUCGGUGGCGUUCCGGGGAAUAGCGAUGGGCUUUAUCGUGGAUUCGUGUUUGAGGCUCGGUUAAAUGCAGUGCCUUAGAGGAGGUGGAGGUAGAAGAGGAAGACCAUUUGCUUCAAUGGUAAUUUUAAUGAUUUGGGAAUUCUAAUUUUGUCGUAAUGUUGAAACUGUAUGUUGGUUUUAUAUUGAUUGCCGUGCUAAAACAGGAUGGAGGCAGUGGUCUCCUAGAAUGCUUGGUCCUUCAGAAAGGAAAAUGUUGUUGUACUAAUAGAUGGUUGUUUUAUUGAAGUUAAUCUGAACGGCAAUUCAAUUUUCGAACAAAGUGGUUGGCUUGUUUCUUUUAUGAUGUCUGAUUAUUCGUGUAUGCAAGGAUUCCUAUUUCAUAUAUUUGAAGUGUAUUUGAUUUUACUGA